UUGCGGGCAAAAGUGAAAAGUCUAAGUCCUUGUCACACUAUUUUAACAAGGUUUCAUUUAAUGUAUAGAUUUAUUUCUAGACUCUCAAUUCUAUUCCAUUAAUAAUUUGAGUCUUUUCUUAGACAGUCUAGAUAAGAGAUGUGUCACUUUUGUUGAUCACCUUAAGGGACCAUUUGGUUUCCUUGGUUCUGUUUUCUCUGCUUUAAUCUGCUUAUGGCCUUCUGCUAGCUUUGGUUUUAGUUUGCUCUUAUUUUUUCUAGUUCCUUAACGUGGAAGGCUAGAUUAUUGAUUUGAGUUUACAGCUAACUUGCUUCCAUUGCAUCUCAUAGACUUUAGUAUGUUGUGCUUUUGUUUUCAUUCAUCUCAAAGAAUUUUUUAAUUUCCCCUUGAUUUCUUCUUCAAUCCAUUGAUUGCUUAAGAUUCCGUAGUUUAAUUUACAGAUAUUUGUGAAUUUUCCAGAUGUUCUUCUAGUACUGAUUCCUAAGUUUGUUCUACUGUGGUCAUAGGAGAUACUAUGUGUUAUUUCUAUAUUUUUUAAUUUAUUGAGAUGUGUUUUGUGUCCUAAAUAAUGCUUUGUCAUGGAGACUAUUCCAUGUGCACUUGAGAAAAAAAUGUGUAUAUUGUUAUUGUGGAGUAUUUUAUAUAUGUCUGUUAGAUUGGGUAGUUUAUAGUUGCUGUGGUUUGAAUGUGGUGGGUCUUCUCCUGAACAUGUGUUGGAAUUUCAUUGCCAUUCUAGCAGUGUUUGGAGGUGGGCUUUUAAGAGGUGAUUAGAUUGUUAGGAGGGAUUAAUGCCUUUCUCCAGGGAAUGGCUUAAUUCUCACUGGAGUAGGACAGUUGACACAGAGCAGGUUAUUAUAAAGUCCUUUGUUCCUUUCUCGAGUGCACAUGCCUGCUUGACCUUUGAUUUUCUAUCAUGUUAGAUGCAGCACGAGGCCAUUGCAGGAUCAAACCACCUGAUCUUGGACUUCUAGAACCUGAGCUAAAUAAAUAUAUUUUCCUUAUAAAUUACCCUGUCUUGAGUAUUCUGUUACAUACAACAGAAACACUAAUACAGUAGUGUUGUCUUUGUUGAUCUUCUUUCUAGUGUUCUGUUCAUUAUUGAAAGUGGGCUAUUGUUAUAUUCAACUAUAAUUUUUACACUGUUUCUCCCUUAUUUUUAUCAAUUUUUGUUUUGUAAGUUUUGGGGGCUCUGUUGUUAGGAACAUGUAUGUUAAUAAUUAUUAUGUCUUCCUGAUGGAUUGGCCUUUUUGUCAGUAUAUAAUGUCCUUUGUGUCUUUUAACAAUUUUUAUCUUAAAGUUUAUUUUUUCUGAUAUUGGUAUAGCCAUGUUACAUUUUGGUUACUAUUUUCAUGAGAUGUCUAUUUUCUGCCCUUCAACUUUUAGUUUGUGUCUUUGGAUCUAUAUUGAGUCUUUUAUAGAUAGCAUAAAAUUGGAUCCAUUCUCUCAAUCUCUACCCUUUAGUUAGAAUUACUAAUAGGAAAAUACUUCCACCAUUUGCUGUUUUUUUAAAAUGUCUUAUAAUGUUUUGUUAUUCAGUUUCUCCAUCAUCAUUUCUUUUCUGUAAGGUAACCUUAAUUAUUUUAGAUUUUUACUUAAGAAUUGAGCUUCCAUUCUUCGUGGUAAAAUGAAUUCACUGUGGCUCAAGCAGUUUUCAGUCCUUCUCUGGAAAAAUUUCCACUUAAAGAUGCGGGAGAUGACUACUUUGAUUAUGGAAGUCUUGUUUAUAUUUCUGUUCUUUUUAUGGACUUUGACUACUCGAAAAUAUACUCACAAGAAGCUUAUAAAUGCUACCACUUUUGAUUCUCUUCCCCUGAAGCUUCCUGAUUUCCUCAUUAAUACUAACUUGACAUAUGAAUUGGUUUAUGUGCCUUCUGAAAGUGAUAUAGCAAAACGUAUUACUGAGAUGGUGAAAAAUGAUUUAAAAUUCAAUUUUAAAGUUCAAGGAUUUCCUUCAGAAAAAUCUUUUGAAAAUUACAUUAGGAGUGGAAAUAAUUCUAAUCCUGUGCUGGCUGCUAUCAUAUUUGAUCAUAACUUCGAAAGCAGUGAUGAAAACUUGCCCCUUAGGGUAAAAUAUCAUCUGCGCUUUGGUAAGUUCCAUAAAACUUCUUCAGGUACAACAGCUGAGGAUGAAAAAAAGACUAAUUGGAAUACACAUUUGCUCUUUCCAAGUAUACCUCCUCAAAAUCGCAGGAACACCCUGGAAAAAGAUGGGGGAGAUCCUGGAUACAUCAGAGAAGGGUUCCUUACUUUGCAACAUUCCUUAGAUAAGGCCAUCAUGAUACAUCAUGGUGGUGAAGCCGCAGAACGGAUGUUUGAAAAUACUGACAUUUACGUUAAGAGAUUUCCAUACCCUUCUUAUUAUCAUGAUGGGUUUAUGUGGCAAUUCAUAAUGAUAUUUCCUUGGACAGUUUUAUUCUCAUUCUCUCAAGUUAUACUAGUUGUUGUUGGGACCAUUGUGUUGGAAAAGGAAAAGAGAUUAAAGGAGUACCAGCUCAUGAUCGGACUCAGUAAUGCUAUGCUCUGGUCUGCGUAUUUUAUUACUUUCUUAUUCUUAUACUCAAUAAUUGUCAGUGUACUGUGUAUACUGUUAUUUUACCAGAUUGUACAGGAGACAGUCCUCCAAAAAAGUGACACGACAUUUAUCUUUGUCUUCUUCUUGUUUUAUGCCAUUGCCUCAAUAUUAUUUGGCUUUAUGAUUUCCACAUUCUUCAAUAAAUCUUUUUUGGCCACUACUAUUGCAAGUUUCCUCCAUUCUAUCUUGUUCCUUCCAUAUAUAGUGUUCAUUAGAAGGUAUGAUAGCAUGAGCCUCAGAGAGAAGCUGAGCAUCUGUCUCAUUACAAAUACUGCAAUGGGUAUGGGGACUGACUUGAUAUGCAGGCUGGAAAUGAAGGGGUUUGGUGCUCGGUGGAAUAACUUCUUCUUACAAGUGAGCCCAGAUGAUGACUUAACUCUGGCCCAUGUUAUGGGGAUAUUUUUAAUUGAUGCUUGCCUUUAUGCCCUUGUGGCCUGGUAUGUAGAUGCUGUCUUUCCAGGGAAGUAUGGUGUGCCCAAGCCGUGGAACUUUUUCUUGCAGAAAUCCUACUGGUUUGGGGAACCAGCAUUACAGAGUAGAGAAAUUAGCCAAAUUUCUGAUAUAUUGUCAAGUGAUCAUAUUGAAGCUGAACCUAUUGGUUUACCAGUUGGAAUCAGAAUUCAACACUUGCACAAGGAAUUCACAUUUGGGGAUGCUACUGUAGUAGCAGUGAGGAAUUUGUCUUUGAAUUUCUAUGAGGGACAGAUCUCUGUUCUUCUAGGACCUAAUGGAGCAGGAAAGACCACCACCUUGUCCAUUCUUACAGGUUUCUAUCUUCCUACCAGCGGAAAGGUCUACAUUAGUGGCUAUGACAUCUCAAAGGAGAUGGUUGAAGUCAGGAAAAGCUUGGGCUUGUGCCCCCAGGAUGAUAUACUGUUUCCAAAGUUGACAGUAUUAGAACACCUUUAUUUCUACUGCGUGAUAAAAGGAGUACCUCCCAAGAAGCAUACUGAAGAAAUUAAUAAAAUGCUAACUGCUUUUGACCUGAAACACAAGCGUAAUGAAUUUUCAGGGAAUCUGAGUGGAGGAAUGAAGCGCAAGCUCUCUAUUAUGAUAGCAUUUAUAGGGGGCUCCAAGGUGGUGAUCCUUGAUGAGCCAACAUCAGGCAUGGAUCCAAUCUCAAGGAGAGCCACCUGGAAUCUCAUUCAGCAGUAUAAAGAGGACCGUACCAUUUUACUGACCACGCAUCACAUGGAUGAAGCUGACAUCCUGGGUGACCGCAUUGCCAUCAUGGUCUUGGGGACCCUGCAAUGCUGUGGCUCUUCAGUAUUCCUGAAAAAAUUAUAUGGUGUGGGAUAUCACAUAAUCAUGGUAAAGAAUCCUAAUUGUGAUGUUGAAAAAAUCUCUGAGCUGAUUAAAGAUCAUGUACCAACUGCCAGUAUGGAAAACAAUAUUGCAGCUGAAUUAUCAUUUGUCCUACCCAAGGAGUACACACACAGUUUUGAAGACCUGUUUUUGGAAAUAGAAGAAAGAAAGGAAGAGCUGGGCAUUGCUGGCUUUGGUAUCUCUAUGACUACCUUGGAAGAAGUUUUCUUCAAGGUCAGUAAUACGGCAAACUACAAAGUGAACCAGGAGCCUUCCACAUUGGACAAAAAUUCAAAUUCAAACAACCAGAAUAUGAAUGCAUCCAGAAAUUUUGAAAGAUCACAAGUUGACUUCCUGGAUAAAAAUUCUAAUAUGUCAUUUAAUACUGGGUUGGCUCUUCACAAGCAGCAAUUCUAUGCCAUGUUCUUGAAGCGGGCAGUGUUCAAUUGGCGCAACUGGAAAAUGUUAUUGCUUCAGAUCCUGGCACUUCUGGGUUUCAUGUAUCUUCUGAUGAGAAGAGUAGCUAUUCCACCAACCCCGGAUGAGCCUGCCAGGGAAAUGGAUUUGGGACAAUAUGGUAAAACCAUUGUGCCUUUCACAGUUUCUGGAAGUUCUGAUUUAACUGAGAAUUUCAAAAAAAAUCUUGAGAUCAUACUAAAGGAUAAGAAACAAAUACUUAAGGAAGUAGAAGGUGACCUGCAGGAAUACUUGGUGAAUAGUGAAGAAUGCGUUUACUCAUGUAUCAUUGCAUUUUCCAUUGAGGUUACUGAAAUCAAAAGGACAGUUAUCUUUUGGUUCAACAAUGAAGCUUACCAUUCACCAUCCCUAUCCCUUGCAGUAUUAGACAACAUUAUUUUCAUGAUACUUUCUGGCCCUGAUGCUUCUAUUACAGUCUCCAAUAAACCCCAGCCUAAAGUUAUUAUUCACAAGAAACCUCAGAUAAGAGAAACACAGGGACUCCAGGUAGUCUUCAAUUUGAAUUUUGGUAUGAGUAUUUUUGUCAGUGGCUUUUGCAUCUUGACAGUGACUGAGAGAGUUACUAAAGCAAAGCACAUCCAGUUUCUGAGUGGGGUCUACACUUUUAACUUCUGGAUUUCUUCUCUAUUUUGGGAUUUCAUCAUCUACUUUGCCGCCUGCUGCUUACUCCUGGUGGUAUUCGUGAUCACUGGAUCGGACAUAUUGGUUGGGAAUGGGAACAUUUUGCACACAGCAUUCAUUCUCACGGUGUUCGGCUGGUCUGUUAUUCCCUUCAUAUACCUGUUCAGCUUCCUGUAUUCUAAUAGCACCGGUGCAUACAUUAAGCUCUUCGCAUUCAACGAAUGUGUAGGCUUUCUAGGUAUUAUUGUGGAUCUCGUAAUAAACAGCAUACCAGGUUUUGAUACUACUACAAAAAAUAUCAUGCUUAAUUCGUUGAUUCUGAUACCUAUGUAUAACCUUGGGAUGAGUGUCAUGAAAUUUUAUGAAUUACAAGAGCUAAAGAAAUUGUGUUCUUCCUCAGAAAUGUCUGGUUCCUCAAGAUGUGGUCCAGAAAAAAUUGGAAUUUCUGUAUACAGUUUGGAUGAAAAUGGAAUUGGAAGGUAUAUGAUUGCAAUGGCUGUCACAGGAUUUGUUUACUUCCUCUUGAUUUUCCUUCUGGAGACCGUGUUACGGAAAGUGAAAACCUUCAUGUAUCGCUAUAUUUUCUUUGGCAUCUUCAAGAAAAUGAACAAGAACAGAAUAUCCAAAGAAUUUUCGGGAGACUCUGAAGAUGAAGAUGUACAAAAUGAAAGAUCGAGAAUCAUAGACAAGUCUCUUGAAUCGCUGGAUGCCACAGUGGUUAUUAAAGAACUCACCAAGAUAUAUUUUCAAUUUCCAGCCAUUCUGGCUGUGAGAAAUAUCUCUGUUGCCAUCAAAAAGGAGGAGUGCUUUGGAUUGCUUGGAUUAAAUGGGGCUGGAAAAACUUCUACUUUCCAGAUUUUGACUGGAGAACAGAUUGCUACCUCUGGAGAUGUGUUCAUUCAAGGCUUUAGCAUCACCACAAGUCUCCUGAAGGUAAGGUCAAAAAUUGGUUAUUGUCCACAGUUUGAUGCCUUGCUGGAUCACAUGACUGUUCAGGAAACAAUGAUCAUGUAUGCCAGGUUGUGGGGGAUCCCUGAGAACAACAUCAACUAUUAUGUGAACUACCUUUUGAAACUGCUGAAUCUGGAACCCCAUGCUAACAAGCUUACUUAUACUUUGAGUGGAGGAAACAAACGUAGGCUGAGCACUGCUAUUGCCAUAAUGGGAAGGCCCUUAGUUGUCUUUCUGGAUGAGCCAUCCACUGGCAUGGACCCUGUAGCCCGGCGCCUGCUCUGGAACAUAGUGACAAAGACACGUGACAAUGGCAAAGUUAUCAUCUUGACCUCUCACAGUAUGGAGGAAUGUGAGGCUCUCUGUACCAGGCUGGCCAUCAUGGUGCAGGGAAAGUUCAAAUGCCUGGGUAGCCCUCAACACCUCAAGAACAAGUUUGGAGACGUUUAUACUAUGUUUGUCAAGUUCAAGAGUGAUACAGAUCCGGAAGUAAUAGAGAAUUUUAAAAUAUUUGUUGCUGAUACUUUCCCACGUAGUGAGUUGAAGCAGGAGCAUCAGGGGGUCCUAAACUUCUAUGUUCCCAGCAAGGAAAAUAGCUGGGGAAAGGUGUUUGGCACUUUGGAGAAAGCGAAAGAGCAAUUCAAUUUAGAAGACUAUUCAAUCAGUCAGAUAACACUGGAACAAGUCUUCCUGACCUUUGCUAAUGUAAAUAGACCAGCAGGUGACUCCUAA